AUGACUUCUUCAGAAUCUUCAGAAAUAGAAGAAGCAGAUAAAGCAAUGUGAGUUUUCAUAUUUUUUGAGUUUCAUUCUCAGGUAAACGUUUUUCAGAGAUUCGAUGGUUUUAGAAUUCUCUUCUCGUUUGAAAUUCCAGUGAGUUUUAAUUUCUAAAAUAUAUUCCGAUAAUAACUUGUCAAAUCAGUUUUGAGUUUUUUGCAGUCAAUGGACGAAGCUCACUUUGAAGUGAGUUUGAAAAUCAUCAUCAUUACAAAUUUACAACCAAAUAUUUUGAGAGAACUACAGGAAUUGGAUGACUAUGACCAUUCGCAAUUAGAAGUGUAAGUUUAUUUUGUAAUUUUGACGUUUCUAAAAACUUUCAGAGAUGUUCCUGGGAAAGGUUUAACAAAAGUUGGCGACUUGACUGCUGAAGAACAAAUGUACUAUCUUCACAGUGUGGAUCCGACUACAGCUCUUAGAGUUUAUCCAAAUCUUCGAGCAGCGCUGGAACAAGAACCAGAACCAGAAGAACAAUUUCCGAAAUUGAAAGCGAUUUUGAGAGGAUACGAAUUAUUUCCGGAGAGUAAGAAGACCAGUGAACUAGAUAUGAUUAUGGCCAAAUUGAAAGCAGAAAUUGCCGAGUUGGAGAAAGAAUGA